AUGGGUGCUCGGAUCGAAACACAACGUGGGAAAUGCAAGUUAAAACGAAUCUGUGACUGCCCUGAGGCUGAGUAUAUUGAUAAUAAUAUCGGUCAAUCAGCGAGUGAGAACGAGGCCGAAUUAAGUGACACUCAGGAGGAAUCUAGUGAGGAUAAGGAGGUUGUGGUUACUACUAAGCCUUUCCAGUUAUCUACGGAGAACCCUCAGAAGCGGCUUAAGAGAUAG